AUGCCAUACACUGCGCCGCUGAAGUCGUCGCCUUUUGCGCAGCAUAUUGAACACUUUGAACCAGAGUCCCAGUCCUGCCCCACGUCGCCUACUUUGGUUGACCCGCAGGUGGGACGCCCUCGCCUCUCUCGGUCUUAUUCUUCGACCGCUUAUGUACGCAAACAUCGAAGGAGCCCCUCAACGGGGAAGUCCUUCGUCUUUCCAGCCCCGGAGAAUGCGCGCAUGCAUAAGCAGGCGGUAGAUUCUCAUGCUACCAUCCGGCAAUCGCCACCUCCCCGAAGUGACGCACCCAUCCCCCCUGGGGCAAUGAUCUCACCCCCAGAGUCUGCCCAAAACUCUAGUGACGAUGAAUCUGCAUACAGACAAGGGGAGAGUCUGCGCCUUCAAGAGCUGGAGGCGGCUGUGAGGUCCAUUGAGCAGAGGAGGGUUUCUUCUCCGGAGCGCGAGAUUUCGGAAAUGAUGCCAUCGUCGGGCGUAAAGCUGGUAACUCAUCAUGCACAAAAGCAUCCCCACCCCCCUCUCUCGAGGGAAGCUCGCAAGAUAUCUCAUUCGCGAUCAAUCACGGAACAUUCCAUCAGUCUAAAGCAAGAGGAGGCAGUGACGAGCUCCCCGGAUGAGAGCGAUCGGGAUGACGAACCACGGCCGAAGCAACCGAUGGUACGCAAAAAGUCGGGGGAACUGGUGAGACCGGCUCUUCGCCCGCCUUCUGCUCGACGGCGCCCCUCGAGCAUGCCUGGUACCCCGACCUAUUCCAAAGCCGUCCACUUUGACUCCCAGUUAGAACACAUACGUCACUUCCUACAGUUGGAUAAGCCUCAAGCCGUGAGUGCCGGGGGAUCACCAGUAGAUGACUACGAGGCGGAGGGGGGCUUUCCGUUCAACAAAGAUCAGUCGGAUGGUCCUUCCUUCGAAUGGGAUAUUCGACUUCCGAACUUCCCGAGGGAUGGCUCGACUCGAGCCCACCAACGAGUUCGCCUGGAACGGUUGUUCCUGUCACCGGACAAGAGCACCUUGGUUGGUGUGGUGGCGGUCGCUAACCUAGCCUUCUAUAAGCAUGUCGCCGCUCGUUUCACGUUCGACCAUUGGAAGACGAUAUCGGAGGUUAUUGCCGAGUACAGUGACGAUGUUCGCCGAAAGCAGAUUCAUGAUGGGCAUGACCGUUUUUGCUUCAGCAUUAAGCUGGACGAGCAGGCAAAUCUAGAAAAGAAGACCAUGUUUCUCUGCAUUCGUUACUACGUCAGCGGACAGGAAUACUGGGAUAACAACCAGGCUAGGAAUUAUCAGGUCAUGUUUGUCAAGGUGCCUAAAACAAGAUCCGAAUCACAUAGUCUCCCUCCCAAGCCGACGCCAGCACCUCGCGUGUCCCUUCCCAGAAGCAAGACCUUCGCUGGCCCCAGCGCGAAAAACCAUGACAAGUCGCUGUCAUUCGAUGGCAUUCCGGGUAUGAACGAUCGUCUGUCCUUUGGUUCGGAAGGUGCCAAGGACCAGCCCUUAUAUGGAGAUGGAACACAUGAUGAUGAUGAUGCGGUGUCUCCCGUCCGCCGGGACAAACAAUCUUCCCAAGUAUUUGGUAGUCGCUAUGACUUCGAAGCAUCCUUGAAUGCAGCAAGACGCUCCAAGUCGGCUCACGACCGGACGACGCUAACCGCUCGGGCGAAGUCUGAAGUCUCUUCACCAGGCAGUGGGAGGUACUAUCCUGUAAAGGGAAGAGGUACGAUUGUUGACCGACCUCUCGGCAAUACUCACUCGCCGCAUAAUAAUCAGCCUGAACACUCCAAGCCAUCUUCUCUGAUAUCAAGCAAACCACACCGGGAGUCUUCUGUGUAUAAGGAGCUUGUUGACCGAUAUUGUUUCUUCGGUUCCUCGAGCGAUUCCAGCAGUAAUCCCCACAGGCCAGUCUUGGAUAGAUCUCCCCCCCAUAGCACGUCUAGCUCCUCCUCUCAAUCCUCACCAGCACUAUCACCUAAAAUGGAUCCAACUACCGGAGUUGGCUCCCGAAACUCUUCACCUACUCCACUCGGAUAUUCAUACAUCGAGCCAAUGCAAAACAGUUUUCUCAAGGAAACGCAGCGGCCGGCAGUUAUCCAAGGAUGA